CUGGGAGGGCUGGAAGCUGAGCCAGACUCCCCACCCUCCCCAGCCUCCCCCUCCAGCCUCAGCGGGAGCCCUCCGUCCACGCCACAGCUUUCUUGUGACCAGGGUAAAUAUUACCUGGUACUGUUAAUGUUUAAUGCCCCCACCUCGUCCCGGACCACCCCACGGCAGACGCUCUCUCCGAAGCAGAGGCGGCAGGAAGAGGGUAGUGGGGACAGGCCACCGCUGGCUGGGGAAAUGGCAGGGUUGGCGACAGACGAUGGUGGCAGCCCAAAGGGGGACGCAGACCCAUUCUACUAUGACUAUGAGACCGUCCGGAACGGGGGCCUGAUCUUCGCCGGCCUGGCCUUCGUCGUGGGACUGAUCAUUCUCCUCAGCAAAAGAUUCCGCUGUGGGGGCAACAGGAAGCAUGGGCAAGUCAGUGAGGACGUGCUGUAGCGAGAGACGCUUCCAUGCCCUUCAGAGCCCCUGCUGGCUGGGAAGCCAAGGAUGCCCCGUCUUCCCUGGCUGCCGUGGACCUUCGUCCCUGCACUGCCCGGCACUCAGGCUGAAGGAAGCGCCAGGCUCUGUGUGAUUCCUGCACAGCGACCCCUCCUCCAGCCUCCUGCACCCCCCGCGGCUCUUCCCUCACCUCUGUGUCCCUCCAUCCCUCCGUAACUGUAACUGCCGCAUCCCCUGUUCCAAGAUGGAGUACA